GCAAUCUGGUGCUCAAUGCUACUGAACUUUCGCAAAUGGAUCAGUAACAGUUCUGUGCUCAACUUUACUUAAGGAUGGACGAGUUUUUGCCACUUGUAUGCGUAUGAGCUAUGCCACAUCUUCCAGAGAACACAGCAAGGAGUUUGUGUGAAUUGUGCAUCUGUUCACAAGUAAAUAACAGAGCUUUAUUGCUAGAAUAGACAUAUGCUUUCUAGCAAUGAAUUUAGUAGGAAAUCGUAGUGAAGAAUCAGGAAAGACAUGAUUAUUGAAAUGAAUCUAAUGAGGGAUACAACCAAUAAUCUAUGAAAAUAAUCCUCAAAAUAAAUUUCAACAGAAAUUCUGACAAACACAACACAAACUUUUCCAAGAGGCCUGCAAUUAGAUGAUGUGAAAACAAUGUUUCAUUUGAUUUAAAGAGUAAAUCUGGAUGCAGAUUGAGUAUGGAUGUUCGAAGUUUCAGCCCAGGAGCAGACAUGUUUUUAGAUUACAGAAGUUCUUCUGAUUCAGUGUCUGUGGAUAUAACAGGCUUCAAGUCUAGAGAUGGAGAAUUGGAAAGCCACAAUCAUCACUGCCUCAUGCUAACUUCAUGUUUACAUCUCAAAAGCCAGGAGAAGCUUUCUGUUCCUCCAGUUAUUCCAAGGGUGGAAGAUGGUUUGUCUGACAGCGAAGAAGGAGAACCAAAACAAAAACUUGAUAUUAAAGAUGUGGGGUUAUGGAAAGAAGCAGAUUUCAGGAGUCACAUCAUGCCUAGGACCAGGAAUACACAAACUGAUUGCAGACUGGCACAAGAUGCAGAACUCUGCUCACAGUCCAAACUGGGCCAAACAUGGAAAGAAUUUCUGGAAGGAGACUUGGAAGCAGAGAUAGAACACAGGAUGGAGGAAGGCUUUGGGACAUCAACCUUGGAGAGAACACUAAAAAACAGUGGAACAUUAAGAACCAAUGCAAACUUUCAAGAGCAGAAGAAUGGCCAGUGUGAGAUCUUAGAGGGUUUAGUGAAAAUACCUCCCCUGAGCUCCAGGUCAAACACAAAAUCACCCAGUAGAGCAAUCACACGUCAUGCCUUGAUAGGCCCCCGGAGAGUUUGGGGAAACAAGAUUACUAACACAGAGGAGGCCUUGAAAUAUCAUGACCAGGCAAAAGAUCUGGAAGCCCCCACCAAAGAGCUAUUAAGUUCCAACAUUUGUCAAUCUGACUUUAUCGAUUACCCAGGCUUAGAAAACGAUAUCCUGAUAGGUAUGAGGGCAGACAAUUCUGUUGUAGAGGGAGUGAUGAGAGGAAACCUGCCACCUCUCGACCGCAAAAGACUCAAGAAAUUCAUGAAAUAUUCCAAGGAAGGCUUCCUAGAAAUCAUCUCAAGAAAGAGAAAGAGCAAGUUAAAAGAAGUUUGCAGCGGCACAUUUGUAGAUACAAAUGGUAUUGUAUUGAACAGGUGA